AUGCUCCCCGGUUCUGCUGUUGUAUCCCACGCAGGGCAUGGCGGCGUGAACCAGCUGGGUGGGGUGUUCGUGAACGGCAGACCCCUCCCGGACGUGGUGCGGCAGCGGAUCGUGGAGCUGGCCCACCAAGGGGUCCGGCCCUGUGACAUCUCCAGGCAGCUGCGGGUCAGUCACGGCUGCGUCAGCAAAAUUCUCGGCAGGUACUAUGAAACGGGGAGUAUUAAACCGGGGGUCAUCGGUGGCUCCAAACCAAAGGUCGCCACCCCGAAAGUGGUCGAUAAGAUUGCGGAGUACAAGCGCCAGAACCCGACCAUGUUCGCCUGGGAGAUCCGAGACCGGCUACUGGCGGAGGGGGUGUGUGACAACGACACGGUGCCCAGCGUGUCGUCCAUCAACAGGAUUAUACGCACCAAAGUCCAGCAGCAGUUCCACCCGUCUCCUGACGGGUCCAUCACGCCGCUCUCCACGCCGGGACACACCAUAGGUGAGCCCCGGGAGGGAAACUGGAAAGGCCCGACCCAGUCGGUGUUAAUGGUAACCCAAGUUUGUCCAUCAGUUCCCAGCACGGCGUCCCCGCCUGUGAGCAGCGCCUCCAAUGACCCCGUGGGGUCCUACUCCAUCAACGGCAUCCUGGGUAUCCCCCGCUCCAACGGCGAGAAAAGGAAACGAGACGAUGUUAUCUGGACCGGCAACCACUUGGACGGGAGAAAAAUCGGACAUUGUGGCUCAGACGGUUCGGUCCCGGGCAGCGAUUCUCAGGGCAGCGUGGAGAGUCUAAGGAAACACCUGCGGGCGGACGCCUUCACCCAGCAGCAGUUGGAGGCCCUGGACCGCGUGUUCGAGCGCCCGUCCUACCCGGAUGUCUUCCCCACCUCCGAACACAUCAAACCCGAGCAGGCGAACGAGUACUCCCUCCCGUCCUUAAACAACGGCCUGGAGGACGUGAAGCCGAGCCUCUCCAGCAGCGGCACUUCCGACCUGGCGUCCAGCGUGUCCCAGAGCUACUCGGUGGUGACAGGUCGAGAUAUGGCGAGCACCACCUUACCAGGUUACCCGCCUCAUGUACCCCCGACGGGACAAGGCAGCUACCCCACAUCCACACUCGCUGGAAUGGUUCCAGGAGGGGACUUUUCCGGAAACCCUUAUUCUCACCCACAAUACACCACUUAUAACGAAGCAUGGCGGUUCAGCAAUCCAGCAUUAUUAAGUUCCCCUUAUUAUUAUAGCGCCGCGUCCCGUGGCUCCGCACCUUCCGCCGCUGCCGCUGCCUACGACCGCCACUAGUUACCAUGGAGACCGGCUCAAGCUGCAAGGCCAGGGCUUCGCCGCCGUAUCGUCCCGGUCUGAGAAAACACUCGAGGUCAAAGGGAAUUGCGAGGAG